AUGUAUACUCCGUGGAAGUCCAACGGAUUGCGCUGGCAAAGCAUGGCUGACUCAGCGAUGACGCGGCAUUCGCAGCAAGAGGCAUCUCAAUUCCGGCCGACAAGCUUGUUCAACACGAUACAAGACCGGAAUUUAAUCGCUGUGGCGCUCAAAUCCACCAACGCCGCCCAGUCGGGGUUUGGCUGUCAAUCACAGCAACAGCUUCACACCAAUGGCAUCUACAAUCAUUGGAAAAGCUUCCGCCGACGAUGCAUCCUGCGGUCCAGGGGUGGUAGCUGUGAAAGAUGCCAUCGGCUUGGGAAAGAUUGCCACCAGAUUGAAACGACGAGGAAGCGGGUAGCCAAGAAAACGGCAUCUUCACGUACUGCGCAACUCGAAGAGAAGAUUGAAGACCUGGUGUCAAUGCUGAGAGCUACCCAUGAUUCUCGGACACGCACUAACCACUCGUAUACCCCAUUGUCCAACACACCGUCACAACCUUUUGCGAGUCGAUUGGACUCGUUGGCGGCUGCCGCUACAGCGGAUCCAACUCGGUCACAAGCACAGGGAAAGGCCAGUUUGUGCGCGGCUCACGAGUGCAUCGCAUCGGACCUGUCGCCUAGCCGGAAUACAUCAACCCUCAAUGACGCAGAUAGGCGGCCAGAACCAACCCCAGAGGAAGCCGAGGCUUAUUUCGCCAAGCCAUUUCUGUGGAUGUGUAUUAUGAACUUGACAUCCAUGUCGAUACCACAGCAGCGUAUACUGAGGGAAAAGAUUCGGCGAGAAGUUGCCGAUAGAUUAGUCUUUGAAGGCGAUCGAAGCAUGGACAUUCUACAAGGCCUGGUUGCCUUUUUAACGUGGGCAACGAUGAAUGCGGGGCCGGGAAUGAAGCCAUUUUUGAUAUUGUAUGCGACUUUGGCACAGUCAAUUGUAUUUGACAUGGGGCUUACCAGAUCCCCUGCCGAAGAGCAACAGUCCACCAUGUACUUCAAGACAUGGAGUGCCCGUCCCCCGCCACCGCCCAGAGUGCCCAGAGUGCGGACCAUGGAGGAGCGCAGAGUCGUUCUCGGCCUCUGGCUGGCAAUAUCAAUCACCACGUCAUUUAUCGGGAAAAUGGAGACGCUUGCUUGGACAGCUCAUAUGGACGAUUCUCUAGCAGUCCUGGAACACGAGAAUGAGUAUCCAUCAGAUGCCGUUCUCGCCACCAUGGUCAAGAUCCAACUUGUUGGAGAAGAAGCCCAAAGGUUGAUGCGCAGCAAAAUAAACGAGUGCAGCCAAAAUCCAACGUACAUUUUGAAACCGGGCUUGGUAUCACGGUUAAACGAUAUCCGCAGCCAGCUACCAGAUGGCCUGGCCAACAAUCGCCAUAUUCUUCUGCUUCUUCACUGCACAGAAAGCCUCGUCCACUCUAUUGGCUUGUUCACCGAGCAAGGCAUCCCCGAGCCAGUUCGCAUUAACAGCAUGUACUCCUGUACCAAACACGCAAAGGCAUUCUACGACAUUUUUUUUGCCAUCCCAGCCGCCGAGGUUGCUGGACUACCGUUUGCUGCGCUGACUACUGUUGAGGACAAGGCUUGGGACAAGGACAUUCUGAAAGUUACAGCCGACUUACUGUCUCUCCUGGACAAGACAAUUGAGCUAUUUUACAGGGUGGAUGAGGUGUACCCGAUCAGAACAGAUGACCAUGAUGGCACACUCUUUACCAAGGGAGCCAAGAUUCUGCGAAACUUGCGAGCCUCGUGGGAACCAAUCUUGGCACCGUACCUCCGGGACGUGGCGUUGCCUACGCCCAAGAGCCAAGGUCAGGCGGUCAGCACGGCGAUCAACGCCAUGGACGAAGCAGGUACGCAUGAGGGCUUGAUUGUUGACGGCGUAGCUGACCCAACCGCCGUGCUGGACUUGAGCGAUAUGACCUGGAUGUCAGAUAUAUUUGGGCCAUGGGACUACUAA